GCGGCCCUGAGCAAGCCCUGAGAUAUAUGUUAGCAGUCUAAAUCACUUCGAAUCAUGAUCAAUAUUGACCAUCCUUGUCACUGAACUUUUUCCUCCCUGGUGAGUUGUUGCAGACUUCACAUGCACAGCUUCAAUUAGAUUGGUUUCGAAGAAUCACUACUAUGGAUCCUCCUGACGCGCGAGCGGGUCAUUGUAUUGAAAAUUUCCAGAGCAAGAAUGUCAGCAUCCUGCAAGAAUUGGAUCGUAGCACCCCUCCAUUCGACAUCGCCAAUUGGACUCAAGAUGAAGGCGGCCGAGGGCGAGCAUGCGCCUUUUCAUCACCAUCAGCCACCUGCAUCCUCGAGAAAGCAGCUGUGAACAUAUCCAUGAUGCAUGGCGACUUACCUUUAUCUUCCAUCCAAAAGACGGCUGUGGAGCAUCCAUCUGUCAGAUAUUCAACAGAUAUCAGCUCCAAUGUGCCGUUCUUUGCUGCCGGUAUCAGUCUUAUCAUUCAUCCACGAAACCCCAAUGUGCCCAGUGCCCACGCCAAUUACCGUUAUUUUGAGAUCGUUAGGCCAGGAACGAGCACAUCAGAGAUGCCCCAAGCGUGGUGGUUCGGAGGCGUUACCGACCUCACACCGUCCUACUUCUUUGAGGACGACUUCUGGCAUUUUCACCGUACGUUGAAAGAAGCUUGUGAUCCGUUCGGAUCAGCCCAAAAUCCCGCGUUUAAACAGAACUGCGGCGAGUGCUUCUUCCUGAAGUAUCGGGGAAUCGGCGGUUUGCGCUUUGAUGAUCUCUGCGAAGAGCCGCAUUCACUGUUGAAAGACGUGUCUGCAUCUUCUCGCCCUCAGACUGCAGAGGAAAUACUUGACUUCGUUCGGAGCCUAGGAGAUACAAAGGAGAUGCCUUUAUACCCUCAUACAUCCCGAUCCUAUCUAAUCGGUCUGGCACAAGGUGGACCCCGAAGAUGAGGAGGUGGCAACUCAUUCGUUUGAGGAAGGUAGGUUGAGUUCAAUUUGGUCUAGAGGAACGAUGUUUGGCCUGGCCGUUCCCGGUAUACAAGUUACCUUGCUGGAUAGCAAGGUCUACCCACGUCCGUUCACUUUGUCGCCGAAAGUUGUGAUGGGCAAAUAUAUGUAAACAUAC